CAAAAUAUUUUUGAUAGAAGCUUCACAAAAUUUCUCUAUUUAUAGUAUUUUAAAACUAUUUUAGAUCAUUGAUUUUCCGAACCAAUGAAAAAUCUUCCCACAGAUCGAUGACAUGGCAUCCAUUAAUCCAUCCAUCCAUAUCUUCAACCCAUAUCCAUCCAUCCAUCUAUCUACAGAAAAAAAAAAACAUCCAUCCAUCCAACCCUAGCUCACACCCCCCUCCCCCAUCGCACCUUUCCUCCCGAUCCACUGCACGCUCUCCUCUCCUCCUCCUCCCAGAUCCGGAGCAGCCGAGCCUCUCCAAGCCGUCCACGCCUCUCUGGGAUGCGUCCGUCGCCGCCGGCGCUGGAGUUCGCAUCGGCGGAGGGGAAGCGGAUGUUCACGGAGGCGCUGCAGGGCGGGACCAUGGAGGGCUUCUUCAACCUCAUCUCCUACUUCCAGACGUAGUCAGAGCCGGCCUUCUGCGGCCUCGCCUCCCUCUCUGUCGUGCUCAAAGCGCUCGCCAUCGACCCCUAGCGGCCGUGGAAGGGGCCCUGGCGGUGCCGGACGGCGUGCUGGCGGUGCUGCCGCGGGACCCCUAGGAACAGCUAGAUCUGGCGCGUCCCCAGACCUCCAAGAAGCUGGCGCGUGACCUGCACCACGAAGCCGACAGUCCUCUCCAUCCCCAGCCCGUGCGCCGAUGAGGAGGCCCUGACCCUCACUUGCCUCGCACACCGCAGCGGAGUGUACUGUGUACUGGUGUGAGGAGGCAAAGUAGCAGAGGGGAUGAGCGGCGGCGGCGGAGCUGGAGUGCUGGGCGCCGGCUCGUCUUACCAGAGCUUCGUCCGCACCGCGCUGGAGCUGACCCGCCUCCACACCACCCUCAUGCCCCACCCAUCGCAGGAGAAGUUCAAGCUCAUACGAGCCAACGAUGAUGCUACUGUGUUGGACGCUGUGUUGGACGCUCUCUCAUUCAGCACCCCCAAGAUCAGACUGCUUCAGAGCUUGACGGUCGAAAAGAAGAACUCUGUUCAGAGUCUCUUUCCAUCAUGGAAAGCAUGGUAUGGUCAAGCAAAGCAUUGUAUGAUGCCAACAUCCAAAUGGAUGAAGAUAUUCUUGUCGAAGUCUCCACUGAUGCAAAUGGCAGUUUGGAUGGUGCGUGCAUGAGUUUUGUGCAAGAAGAUUAUUUUGGAAGCACAUCGACUUCAUUUAUUACAUAAUUUUGAAAACCAGGAUUCCCAAAUGAGAAUUUAGCUUUACUCUGUAUGGUUCCAUAAGGUACAGCUUGAGUCUCAUGCAAAGCCACCUGCGUUUUGCAUAUUCAUUACAGAUUAUUUUGGUGUUUUUUGGCCAGUUGGGUGGGCUUCUGUUGAUAUGGUAGUUUCUCUUACCUGGGGUGCUUUGUUGAUUCUAUUCAUUUUGUUAAGAUCUGGUUAUCUUAAGGAGAAAUCUAUUCAUAUCUGUACAAAGUUCCAAUUUCACCAUGUCAGAAAAAAAAUGUCUAUACUUGGCUGUGUAAAGCGUCCAACUUACAGUUUUGACUAUUACUUUUCAUGAGAGAAAAAGCAAAUCAAAUGACAUUUGUUCAGUAGUAAAUCCUUCUAUAGUAAACAUGGAGGGAGUGUAUCAGGCGUCAGGUUUGUUGAUAGCAGAGGAACACUGGUCAAUAACCAAAACUUGAAUGGAAAAAGAGCUUGAAUUACAUCAUCCGAGGAGCAUAACUCUAUCAUAUGGAAUUGUAGCCUUUAUCUUGUUUCAUUUUGGUCUAACUUGAUGUGGUGCUAUCAGGUUUUUGCCCCGUACUAGAUGUUUCAUCUAGCAUCUAUAGCAGGUUUCCUGAUAAUGUCCCAGUUCGCUCCUCCUGUUUUCAAUGUGAUGUUUCAUUGCUGGUGUUUGUAACUCGAAAAUAGACCAGAUAUUGUUAUCUUUCAGUUAACUCAUUAUUAAUGGAAAGGUGGGGGUUGACCGGUUGGAAAAAAAAGA